GUGAAUUUCUGAAAUGUUCACGGAUUUCACUGCUAUGAUAUGAAUUGAAAUCAUGGAGAAAGUCGGAUGAGAAAACGCAAGAAAUGGAACAGAAAUAUACUCAUAUAAAAAUUAAAAAGAUAAAAGAUAAACUAAAAAUAACUAGCAGAAGAUGCAAUCCCUUGUUUCUUCUAUUGCGGAUAUUCCAGAAUAUAUUAAUACAGAAGACAUGGACAUUUCAGAGUAUUUUCAUCCUGAAGAUAUGCAUCAUGUUGCUUAUAAGUUGUGUCAGUGCACACAAGGAACAAAAGUUCGCUAUGGAGCCACAAGAUCAAAGUGCUGUGGUGGGAUCCAGGGUGACACUGCCAUGUCGAGUAGUGAACAAGGUUGGGCAACUGCAGUGGACGAAGGACGACUUCGGAUUGGGCACCCAUCGUCACCUGACGGGGUACGAACGGUAUAAGAUGAUUGGGAGUGAUGAAGAAGGCGACUAUUCUCUAGAUAUCAGAGACGUAACUUUGGAAGACGACGCGCUCUACCAAUGCCAAGUCAGCACUGGACCAAAAGGGGAACCGGCAAUUCGCUCCCAAUACGCUCGUCUCAUGGUGCUGGUUCCGCCGGAACCACCUCGUAUCAUCGGUGGUCCCGUUGUAACCGCGGUGGAAGACCAGGAUAUAAACCUGGAGUGCGUAUCGGUUGGCGGGAAACCUGCAGCUGAGAUCACCUGGGUGGACCACGAAGGUUCUGUCCUGGGGCAGGGAGUCACCUAUUCCGUGGAGGAGAUGGCUGAUCGAAGGAGGUUCAUUGCCAGAUCCAUCAUCAACAUACGUCCCAAGAGGAGCCAUCACGAUCAGACAUUCACCUGCCAAGCUCAGAACACUGCGGAUAGGGCUUACAGAUCCACUACUGUAAAGAUUAAGGUACAAUAUGCCCCUCGGGUUCGGGUCACCAUCAAAUCCAAGGCGCACAAUGGCAGGAUAAGAGAAGGAGAUACUGUGGUGCUAGGUUGUCAAGCUAGUGCGAAUCCAAACAACUUGACUUACAACUGGUACGUGAACAAUAUGCAAGUUACUGGCGCAAUUGGGAACGAACUGAUGCUAUCGAACGUCUCCAAGGAUUACAACGAAGCUUCUGUCAAGUGUGAGGCGCAUAACAUCGUCGGAAGGAGCUCUGAUACGAAGACAUUGGAAGUUGCUUACGGCCCGGUGUUCAAGAUCAAGCCACAUAACGUGGAGGCUGAUGAUGGGGCCUCGGAGACCCUGAGCUGUGUCGUCGACGGUCACCCCCGGCCGAAGACACUGUGGCUGCGGUAUGAACACGAUAGGGUUAUUAGAGUCGGCAAGGCAUCGAACCUCAGCAUCACUGUCAGCAAACAAACCGCUGGGCAGUACUGGUGCCGCGCCAGCGUUGACAACUAUCAGGACAUAGAGGCAGUCGCGGUUGUGUAUGUUAAAGGUCCACCGAAAAUCCGCUCCAACCGUACACAAUACGGCGUAGAGGGAGAUAGCGUGAGGAUUGAAUGUAUCUCCUUCUCUGUCCCCAAGCCCGACCUCGUCAUCUGGACAUACGGUGGCAACGAGAUCAAUUCCUUCCAUGAUCAUGAAUUUGCCUUCUUGGAAGAAUCUUUAGAUGGCGGUCUGACAAAGUCUACUCUCGUCAUCAGGAAGAGUAGUGCCAGCCAUUUCGGUGUCUACAAUUGUACGGUCUCUAAUGCCUAUGGGAGUGACAGCAUUGAUAUCAAUUUGGUUCCUGACAAAUCUAUGAAUCUAGUCAUCGUCAUCUCUUCCGGUGCCUUCAUCACCGUCGUCAUUCUUGUCAUCAUGUUCAUCGUGAUGCUCUGUCAUCGGCGGGUCAAGAAGGCCGAUGACAAGAAGCCUGACAUCACUGACAUGAAGACCUGCGUAGACAAGUUUAAAGACUGCGACAGGAGCGACAAUAUCAGUGACCUGAAGUUGGAGCUCCGGCAGGUUGAGGGUAGUUGUGAUAUGGACGUAUCAACCCACGAAGAGACCGAGUUUCGGUCUACCCUCCAGCUCACCACCAACUUGGGUCUACCUCUCGCCGGGCCGGUGCCGGUACCAGAGACAUAUGACAACAAGCUGAUGAAAUACCAGAGAUAUAGUGGCGACUUCGAUCAGCCCAUCAACAAUAUACAUUUCAAGACGCAAGACCAAAGCGCCUACGUCCCAUACGUGGACUACAGCCGAGACUACGCGCCACCAUCUGACUCCCUCACCGGAUCCUUGUCUAGGAGUACUGACAUGUCCACCUACCAGAGCCACUGUGGGUCUCUGAAUAGGCAGGCGAGCUGCGGACGAAUUGGCGCUAUGGUGGGACCAGAUGUGAUACCGAUGGCCAACCCCGGUGCUGUGAUGAGCGGUGUCGACGUGCGUUACGCUGCCACUUACGGCAACCCCUAUUUGAGGGGGAGCAAUGGACCACCGUUAUCUUACGUUGGACAGAGUUUGCAGUCGUCUAAGAAUGCACCGCCACCUUACUACACCCUACGGAAUAAUAACCAUCGAACGACAAGUACAAUAACUAACCCUCCAUGUUCAUCAUCAUCACGCCCUGUCACCAGCCCACCUAACACCAGCUGUGCUCAGCCACAAGUGCCUAAAACCCCGCCGUCGUCCCUCCACUACGUGCUGCCGUCCGGACAGAACGUGAUGACCUCAUCUCAGAUAUCUACCAAAGGUAACGGGUCCUUGUCAAAUAUUACCCACGUGUAACUCUAAUUUUACCAAAAAUCUUCAAGAUAUAGACGUACAAGUAUCAAUAUUAUAAUUAGUAUUAAUGUUU